AUGUCAACGGCCUAUGAGAGAGAGAUCGCUUCCGCAGAUAGCCACCAGAGCUUUGCGGCCGCGGAUUCCAACAGCAAUACUCCGACCAAAUCAUUCGUUCCCUGCAAAGUGUGCGGCGAUAAGGCAUCCGAUAGCCACCAGAGCUUUGCGGCCGCGGAUUCCAACAGCAAUACUCCGACCAAAUCAUUCGUUCCCUGCAAAGUGUGCGGCGAUAAGGCAUCCGGUUAUCACUAUGGGGUGACCAGUUGUGAGGGCUGUAAGAAUAGCAGAGUACCAGAAUACCAGAAUACCAGAAUACCAGAAUACCAGAAUACCAGGGUCAACCAGAAUACAGUGUUAGCCUACGAAAGCACUUGCCUUUGGUUCGGCUCGUGGUUUGGUAUGUUGUGUGCCAUCUGUCGGGGGUCGGCGUCUGUACUUCAUUUGGCUUCAGUUGCUGUCAUAUCUGUAUACGGACGCGUCCCUAAAAGGUCUCGUGAGAGGGGAGAGGAGUCGCGAGUCACUCAAUCAGAGGCAGACCAGUCCUCGCGAGACGUGGAGAACAAGCAGUUGGCGAUGUAUGACAUUAUCCUUACCAUAUCUCAGGCACACCACGCGAACUGUGCCUACACUGAGGAGAAGACCAGAGGACUCAUCAGAAAGCCCGCGAUUUUCCAUGAAUUCGUGGCAAAUAUCUUCAAUUUUAUGGUUCUGUUGAACAAUCUUCAACUCAACGACACAGAAGUUGGUCUCUUCGCAGGCGUUGUUUUGCUUCAAUCAGAGCGCUCCAGUAUUUAUGACACCAAAGCCAUAGAUCACAGUCAAGAGAAGCUGAUGGAGGCGUUGAAGUUGCAGAUGGGACGCAACCACCCGACAGAUCCGCACACUUUCCCUCAACUGAUGAUGAAAUUGCCUGAACUGAGGUCUUUGGGGCUGAAACACGCGCAUCACUUGCAGUGGUUCCGAGCGAACUGGACUCGACUCAAACUGCCGCCACUUUUCGCUGAGAUCUUCGAUAUACCGAAAUGCGAUGAACUCGUAGUCUAAUCUAAUAACUCAUUUCAAUCGUCGACCACUUA